UGUCAUUACGCUGCAAAUGUAGUACUACAACCAUCUUCGCAACUGUAACACUAAAUAAAAUUUUGAUGAUCUCUUAAGUUAUCCAGAGAAUACUCAAAAGAUAUAUCGAAUAAACAAAUACAGUAAACAUACAUUUCAAGUCUUGUUUUUAUCAACAAUAUAAGAAUUUACGAUUAUUGCGCAUUGCUUUUUUUUGCACAUCAACAACAUGGCGGGAGAAUUCUUAUUUUAAGUUUGUUGAGAUCAACAUACCAAGAUAUUUCACACAAGACAGUCAGGUUGCUGCUAAAAGAAACAUACCAUUUUGAUAGUACUUUCUGAUUUUUUUUUGCUGUCCACCAUGGCCAGCAAUGGUUGUUGCUAUUUGGAUGGUUGCAGUGAUGCAGCUAAUGAAGAAUUUAACUCUAAUAGUGAUGGAUUAAAUGUUUCUCUGUCCCCUGUUGCUUCUUCAACUAACAUGUCUUCGGAUGGAACAACAGUUAGUGUUACUAAGCAACUGUGUAAUGGAGAAACAAGUUUAGAUAAAAAGAUUCACGAUACUGAUGGUGAUAUGGAUAUGGAAUAUCAUUUUAAGGCUAUUAACAACAACUAUACCAACAGCAUUGGUAACAAUACCCCAGUCUCUAGUGCAGUAAUUACUCCAAGCACAUCUGAUACAGAUACCAUUACAAAUAGCAGUAUGAGUAGUGGCAACAGCAGUCCUGUCAACUUCAAGUCAAGUGAUAACAGCAACAACAAGAAUUCUAACAAUAAAAGGAAACUGAUGUUUUCUGUUGGUCAAGAUGUUCUUGCCAGAUGGAAUGAUGGUCUUUUCUAUUUAGGCAAUAUCUUAAAGGUAGAUGACAAAGCUUGUAAAUGUUUUAUCCGUUUUGAAGAUGAUUCUGAAUUUUUGGUUAUGUUUAAAGAUAUUCAAAGAGGAGCUAAAGAAGGAGAAAUAAUGUGUUGUUCAUGUCUUGGUGAAUCUUCAGAUGCUCCAGAUGAAAUAGUUCUCUGUGAUAAUUGUGGAUUAGGGUACCAUCAACUUUGCCACAACCCUGCCAUUGAUACUCAGGUCUUAAAUCCUGAAGUGGAAUGGCUUUGCCGUUUGUGUGUCUUUGCUACAACAGUAAAACGUGGAGGUGCUUUAAAGAGUGGACCUAACGCACAGGCUCUGCAAAUGAUGAAACAAUCUCUACCGUAUAAUCUGAAUGAGUUAACAUGGGAUGCUCAGCAUAAAACCAAUCUUGAACAGAGUUAUUGCUACUGUGGUGGUCCAGGCAUUUGGUAUAUUAAGAUGCUUCAGUGUUGUCGCUGCCGAAUGUGGUUUCAUGAAGCUUGUAUCCAGUGUCUCGAUCAGCCUUUGUUGUAUGGUGAUAGAUUCUAUAUGUUUGUAUGCUCCUUCUGCAAUUCUGGACCAGAAUAUCUGAAACGUAUUCCAUUAAAAUGGAUUGAUGUUGCUCAAUUGGCCUUGUUCAAUUUGUAUAUCGUUCACCAGAAAAAAUACUAUGAUUUAGAUAAAGUAAUAAUGCCUUGGGUCUAUAUGAAUUGGCAGAACCUGCAACUGGACUCGCUGGGAACACAUCUACGAAGUGCAGAGAAAGAAAAAAUGCUGGAAACUUUAAGGAGUCAUAAGAAAAGAUUUCAAUGUGGCCGUGAAAUAAAGAAAAGCCGAAGCUUGUGGGCAUUACGUCUACGUCUACCUCCAACUCCACCAGCUAUUGAUUUUCCAAUUAAUGGCCAAAUUACUGAUGAUGUGAUGAACAAUCUACAAAUGAAAAGGCGAAAAACAAAAAUCAAUGCAUCCAAGUCUCAAAAUUCCAUCAUCAGUUCUUCUACAGACUCUGUAAGGAUAGAUAAAUCACCUGUUUAUAACAGCUCUCUUAGGUCCACUGGCCUGAACAAUUUUGAGAGAGCUUCAAGGGCUGUGAUGAAGAGUAGUGAACUUCCAGCUGACAUCUGUCACUCACCUCUCCAGUUAAAGAGAAAGACUAGUUCAGAUUUAGACGAGUUACUUCUCAAAAGAAAAAAGACUGUUGUGAAUGGAAAUAAAGAAAGCUAUCGCAGAAGAAAUAAUAUAAAACGUUGUACAUUGGAUACUAUUAUACCACCGCUUUCCAAUUUUGAAGGAAUUAAUCACCCUUUUAGAACUGAUUUAGAGCAAAAGAUGGAAAAAGAAAAACUAAAAUUGAAAGAAAAAAUUUUGAACUUUUACCAAAGUGAUUUUGACCAAGAAAAGAUUGAGGAAUUAACCAAAGACCUAGAAGCGUUUAGUCAACAGAAACAACCAUUGAAACAAAAAGGAAGAAGAAAAGUGAACAACUUAAAAUGUAAACCAUCUCCACCAGCCUCCUCACGAAACCGAGGUAAUUCAGUCUACACAGCCAAUGAUGAUAGCCUUUCAAAGAACAACCUCAAGCAGAUGUCCUCUUCAGUCAGUGAUUAUAUCAGUGUAGUGAAUAAAUUUGCCAAAAAAGAAACAUUUCAUGUGUUGGCACGCCGUUUUAUUCAGCAGGGCCAAGUCCAGUAUCUAAUUCAGUGGGAUGGUGUGCUUUCCUGAAAAGUUUGCUUUUCUAAUUUGUCUAUGAGAACUCUGUAAAUGCAUUUAAGGAAAAUUCAACUAUAUUGGCUCUUGUUAUGUAAUGCUAUUUUACUCAUCACCCAACAUGUAAACAUUGUGACACUUUAUGGUUUGAUUUGCUCAACUCAUAAAAAUUAGUUUUUUUUUUUUUUUUUUUACAUUGCCAAUAUGAACUCUCCCAAAGAGUAAUCUGUUUUAGUUACAACAAUAAGAAAGCCUCUAUAUGGUCGCUCAACCUGUAAGAAAUAGCCAAAUCUCCCUUAAAUUACAGCCUACUAUCUUGCAAAGAAAAAAAUGAGGACACAUUGGAUAAUAUAGUCUUAUUUUUGCUAUAUCCAGAAAACAAAAUGGGUGGUCACAGUUGGAAUGCCAUUGACUGUAGGUUUGCUUAAAGAAAGCUGAUGUGGGGCUCAACAACAUCUAUCCAUGUGGAAAAAAAUGGAGCUAUAUAAAUGUUUACUGACGUUUAAAAAUGUUCUUAUAUUGAACUGAUUAUUUGCUAUCAUCACUGCUAAUUAUGUCAUGGGACUACGUUUUUCUUUUUCCAACAUCUAAUGUUAAAAUCUAAUUGUUAUUUUUAAUAUUCUUGUUCUUUUUAAAUGACUGGUGGUUUAUUUUUUUAUAUGCAUUUAUGAAUCAGAGUUUUAAAAAUAUAAAUAUACAAUUCUACUGUCAUUUAAAAUGGUUGACCAUCAAAUUCAGUAUAUUUUAUUAAUAAUGUUUCAAGAAAUAAACAAAAAAUUAUUACCCAUGUGAAUAUAUAUAUGUGUAUGUGUGUGUGUAUGUAUCUAUGUAUGUAUUUGUACACAUACACACAUCAACAUAAAGGAAUUUGUGGUUUUUCUUUUCCUAUUUGAAAAUAUUAGCUCCAAAUAAUUAAGGUAUAUCUUUGUAUAUACUUUUGAAAACCUAUUAUUGAUGUUAAUAUUUUCCCCUCCUUGUUGCAAUGAAGUGGAAAUAUCAGUAGAACCAAAAAAGAUUGUAAACUGACAGGAUGGUUUCAGUCAAACCACUGUCCUUGCAUCUUUAGAGAUAACAAAAAGUAAACUUUUAUUAGAGUCAGAGUACUUAAAAUGGAACUUUUUUUUUUUAAUGAAAAUGAAUAUGGAUGUUAUUACUGGAGUAUUAUCUUGUAUGGUGCUCCUGCAACAUGAACCUUAAGGACCACAUACCACUCCCUGUGGUCUCCUCACUCUGCCUUUUCUAACAUUGUUACAAUGGUUUCUGCUUCCUCUGAGCCGCUUGGUUAUGUGUUACUUGCAUCCAGCCCCCACUUGUCAAUCAUAUUGUCUGCUUGCCUACAUUUGACCAGCAUUUGAGCCAUGACCAUCCUAUCUUUUCUGGAAUAUUACAUAGUGUUUAUCCUAUACAUUUAACCAUUUAAAUCACCUAGAAUGCUUGCUGCCAGUCCCACUAUUUUCUUUAUCAGUAUCAAUCAGAGAACGUUAAAUACAACCAACAAUCACAGUAACAUAAAUGUAUUACAAGCACAAGACAAAAAUAUUACAAUUCAUGUACAACAUUCACUAUUAAACACACAGAAAACAGUAAAGAAAUCAACAAUGCACAAAUAUAGAGUAAUCACAGGCACCACAUUUAGUCAACAGAACCAACAAAAGUGUUCAAACAAUAUAUUAGAUCUGUCAUGGAUUAUACCAGUCCUGCCUGGGUUUCCAAUCUCUUUACAAUAAACACAAAAGCAAUACAUUAUCUCUCAUAACAUGUACACAGACUAGCUACACAACAAUGAAAUAAAAUUAAAGCUCACUUAAAUGUUGACAGGAACAGUUUUUACUGCAAUAAGCUUCAACUCCUAAAUUACAUG